GAUGAUAGUAGGGAUAUGGCAUCCAGAUUAUUUCCGUGCAUGAGUUCCCAGUUAAAAAGGAAGAAAGAUCACGGCCGAGCAGAGGCUUUACUUAUUGCUGCUUAUGGCAAGGGCCUAAAGAUCAGUAACAUUCAAAGUGUGACUGAGAACUUCAUAUCUUAAAAGCUGGAAGGACUACAUGUUUCCUAUUUCUCUCCUUUCCUGGGCUUGGAGGAAACACUCAGGCCUUUUUGCAUAUUUCUCUUUCAGUCUUCCCAUUCCAAUGCUGACUGGUAUUUAUGUCACUGGAACCAUUUAGAUCAGCCAUUAAUCCCAAUGACCUCCAAAGGAUUCUUGGUUUAAGCAGAUAUGGUUGAUAUGAAGACAUUCAAGUGAUAUUCUGGUCCCUCAAGUGAUUCCCUGUUGUCAGUUAUAACUUAUAAGUCCCCCACUCCUAUCCUAAUAAUGGAGACAUCAAACUUUUGAAUCCCUUGUUGUCCCAUAGAAGCAGUCUUUCCAAGAGAUUCAGAUGGAAGGUGGUAGAUAUUCGAUUGAUAUGGGUAACCUCGAGUGCAACCGAACGAACGAGCUUGCGAGGAAGAAAUCUUGCAAAGGUAAAUCGCAUAUCGGCUCUUCAUCUCAAAGCCGAGAUGAUUUUCAUACAGGUUACGCAAGGAGUGAUGGGGAUGCCAUGACCGACGAACAACUUGAACAAGAAUUGCAUCGACAUAAUAGUCGGUUUUUCCAAGACCAGCUGAGGACCAUUGAUGAAGAAGAGCUCGAGGACGACGAUGUGGAGGAAGUAAUUUCGGAGAGCCACGACGGUGACGCCGAGGAGGGUGGCGGCAGCGACGAUGUGCAAGAUAGUCUAAAAGCGUUAGGAGCAUCUUUGGAGGUAGUCGGGGGGGGGGGGGGGGGGGGGAUUAGACGUUGUUGGGGUAAUGGUCAACUUAGAAAAAAAUGGCAUGAUUAUUUGAUUGAAAGAGGUGAAAAAUAUGUGGUUUUUCAUAAAGAUUUGUCUAUUCGUUGGAAUAGUACUUAUAAGUUAAUUGCAGUUGUUCUUAGAUCUAAACAACAUUUUCCUGCUUUUAUGAAACAAUAUGAUAACUAUAUUAUAAACUCGACUGAGAUCGACACCUGUGAAAAAAUUUGUAAUGCUUUGGUAUAUUUUAAUAAUGCAAUUGAAACUUUUAGUCAUGUUUAUAAACCUACCUCAAACCAAUUUAUUCGUGAAGCUAUUAAUCUCGCCGGGCUUUUUCAAAUUUUGAGAAUGUCGAUUCUGUGAGUUAUUUUGCUGGUUUUAUGAAGGAAAAGUUUUUAAAAUAUUAUUCACAUAUUCCCUAUAUUUAUGGUAUGGCAUUUGUUCUCGAUCCUCGAUUUAGACUUGGUUCUUUAAAAGAAUGUUUGAAUUAUUAUUAUGCUGCUUUUUUUGGUCCAAUGCCAAUGUAUGAUGACAAGUUGACAACCCAAUUGAUCCGAAAAAAGAAUACAACGAGGUUAGUGAUAUAUUUUAUGCAUUAUUUAAUGAGUUUCCUGCACAAUACGACAACGCGCCCCCUCCCCCGACACAAACCUCUUCAUCUAAAGGAAAAUCAAUUUUGGAAUCUACAUUUGUCAAUCUUAUUAAAAAAACCAAAACAACACCUGCUACUCAACAAAGCACAAUUAAUGAGAUUUCUUUGUAUUUAACAUAUGAUGUUGAUUUUGAAGAAGAUGGUGACUUUGACGUUCUAAACUGGUGGAAGGGAAAAGAAAGAAUGUUCCCGGUUUUAGUAGAGAUGGCUAAGCAAGUGCUAUCAAUGCCGAUUUCAACAGUUGCCGUCGAACAAGAAUUUAGUUCGGCUGGCAAUGUACUAACACAAUGUAGAACGAGGUUGAACGCAGAAUCUAUUGAGAUGGUUAUAUGCUACCACGAUUGGUUGAAGGCGGCCCGUAGAGUUCAAGAAAUUGACAUCACCCCAUCCCAACACUUCAUGGAUGAAUCUACAACCGAGGGUGGCUCUACCUAUUACGGAGAUUCCGAUUGAUUAGUAUUUCACUAUUUCAUGUUUUAAAUUUACCUUCAAUUGUAACUUAUAAACUUGUAGUUCAUAUUUCAAAUAAAUAUACGUUCAU